UACAGUAAAUAAUUUAAUUUUAAAUAUAGUUUAUUUGCUGAAUAAAAUUUAUUAAUAUGUCCGAUAUUCAAGAUCAGAUUAAAGAACAAGGAGAUUUAGUGAGAAAACUCAAAGCAGCUAAAGAGCCUAAAGAAAAGUUCUGAACCGAGUUACUUUCCAUUAUUACUGAAAAUGAAAAUGAUGUCAUUUACCUAUUGUCGUUUAUCUCGAGCGAUUUUCUCCGCAAUUUCUAAAACCUGCGCCACUCCAAGAAAAAUACAUAUAGGACAUAAAAACCAACAAAAUUUACAAAUAAAUCCUGAACUUAUUAAUCAGAUUGAUGAAGAAGUUGCCAAAUUACUUGCCUUAAAAGCACAGCUGAGUAAUGGAGCUGCCCCACCGACGAGUGGGAAAUUGAUAUUAAAGACUCCCAAAGGAACGAGAGAUUUUUCUCCAGAUCAAAUGACAUUAAGACAAAAUGUGCUUGAGAAAAUCCUAACAGUUUUUCAUCGCCACGGAGCAGAGACUAUUGAUACACCAGUGUUUGAACUCAAAGAUGUUCUAACUGGAAAAUAUGGAGAAGAUUCAAAGCUUAUCUAUGAAUUAAAAGAUCAAGGUGGUGAAAUUUUAGCUCUGCGUUAUGAUUUAACUGUACCUUUUGCAAGAUAUUUGGCCAUGAGUAAAGUGUCUUCAAUCAAAAGAUAUCAUAUUGCCAAGGUGUACAGAAGAGAUAACCCUUCUAUGACCCGUGGGAGAUACAGAGAAUUUUAUCAAUGUGAUUUUGAUAUUGCAGGAACUUAUGAUCACAUGCUUCCUGAUGCUGAAUGUGUAAGAGUUGUAUACGAGAUCUUAAACGCUUUAGAUUUGGGAAACUUUGUUGUAAAAUUGAAUCACAGAUCUCUUUUAGACGGAAUGUUUGAAGCAUGUGGAGUUCCUCAAGACAAAUUCAGAACUAUCUGUUCAGCAGUCGACAAACUGGAUAAGUCUCCUUGGGAAGAAGUAAGAAAAGAAAUGGUUGAGGAGAAAGGUUUGAGCCCAGAAAGUGCUGAUAAAAUCGGUACAUAUGUCCAACUAAAUGGUAAAAAGGAAUUAGUAAAUAAAUUGCUAGAAGAUCCAGAUUUAAAGAAAUCACAGAUGGCUAUGAAAGGCUUAGAGGCAAUGAAUUUGUUGCUGGAUUAUUGUGAAAUCUAUGGUGUUGAUCAUUGUGUUUCAUUCGACUUGAGUUUAGCAAGAGGUUUGGAUUAUUACACUGGUGUAAUUUUCGAAGCUGUACUUAAAGGUGAAGUAGUUCCAAAUCCUGUUGCUGGAGAUGAACAAUCAGGAGUUGGAUCAGUAGCCGGUGGCGGACGUUAUGAUAAUCUAGUUGGAAUGUUUGAUUCUAAGAACAAACAGGUUCCUUGUGUGGGUGUUAGCAUUGGGGUUGAAAGAAUUUUUGCUGUUUUGGAAGCACGAUUGCAAAAUGCAGGACAGAAGUUAAGAACAUGCCAAACUGAAGUUUAUGUUGCUUCAGCACAAAAAAAUCUUUCUGUACAUAGAAUGAAAGUAUUAACAGAACUGUGGAAUAAUGGUAUUAAGGCUGAGCAUUCCUAUAAAAACAAUCCAAAAUUAUUAGUCCAACUACAGCACUGUGAGGAAAACAAAAUUCCAUUAGCAAUCAUUCUUGGCGAAUCGGAAAUUAAGAGUGGUAUUGUUAAAUUGAGAAAUGUCAAUACUCGAGAAGAAUUGGAAGUGAAAAGAGAGGAUAUGGUAUCUGUUAUACAAGAGAAACUCAAAGAGUUACUGUAAUAUAAUUUUAUACAAAUAUAGCACAAUUAUUU